AAAGAAUUUUUUAGUUUAAUUUAAAAAUAUUUUUCAAAAUUGAAAAGAUUUUAAAAUAGUUUGAAAAAAAUGUUUUUAAAUUGGAAAAUUUAAGAUAAUCUACAUUUUUUUCGAUAAUUGAUAUCGAUACCGCUAUAAAUAUCCGCGCUAAUGAAGGCGGUCAUUAUUUUGUCAUUAUUUUAAUAUCAACAUAAUUAUUUUAAUAUAAUUUUUCCUUCAUUAAGGACUAAGCUUUACACAUCAGAUGUCAUCGGAUGUGUGAGAUAAACAUCCGGCAUACGAAUGAACCUCUGCGAUCGAUUUUUUGUAAAAUGUCGAUAUGAGCCGUCAUCAUGAGACGACUGGUAAUCGUCUAGCGUGACUAAUAGGACGAGUGAGCUUACAACGUUUACCCGUGAACAUGUACUGGUCCUUACUGCGUGUAGAUGCGCGUAUACAUGCACACGAAAUUGUCUUUGCGUGCGUCCAUGCACAUGUGUGCGCGCGCGCAUGUACAUGUAACGAAUAAUUGCACAAUAGACGCGCAUAUGUACGUAUUUUAUGCAUAUAUCUCUAUGUGCAUUUGUCAAUUGUAAAUGUACAUAUGUUUCUGCGUUGUCUGUAUGUGUAUAGAUACAUACAGAUAUAAUGCUAUAAAUUCAGCCACUUUUCAAGAGGACUUUUCCUCAAGUUCGCGUAAAAAGUUAUAGAGCGGUUUGAACUUGAAGAUAUUACGUGUAACUACACAAGACAAUGAGAAGUAGAGAAAGAGGAAGAGAAAGAAAGAAAGCAAUGGACGUGCCGUUGAGCGCGAUCAGUUUCUGCACAUUGGACUUUAUUAUUGCAUUCGCUGACUCAUGAUACAAGAGCGACGGAAUGAUCGGAUAUUCGAUUCGCGUCUUUUCUCCCGUAAUUGAGAAGAGACGGAACAGUUGAUGAAAUCGAUGUUGAAAAGUUUAAAUUGAAAUUCGUACCUACGCGUACACUCACAAAUUCGACUAGCAGUUCGAAUCCGAGUAGUGCGCGCGCGUUGUAGUUUUUCGCGACUCCUUGUACAUUUCACGCAACGGGUGGCCGUUAAUGUGUCACUGACGAUGAACGUUUCUCAAUUGUCACUAUAUUGCCGCCCUGAUGAUUUUUCGCGCCCGCUCGGCGCACUUUUUAGAUCGAUGUCUCGGGUUUCCGCGGCGACCGAGAUAACAAUUACGAUAAAUAAUAACAAACACACGUACACAGGUCGUGCGCGGCGCGCAGUACUUGCGAGUCUUCGCGCAACUACGCAGUAUUUGCAACGCCUCGCGAAUGACGAGGAUUCCGCGGACAGUUGACGUUUCGAUUGCCAUUAGAUAGGAAAAUGUGUGAGAAAAACAAGAAUCACUUAAAUAAUCAACAACCAGGCCUGUUCUUUUUCAGUUGAACUGAUGUUGCACUUCGUUCUUUUCCCACCAACGCUUGAUUACAUGUUUCACUCUACAAUCUUUUUUCUUGGUGUAGUUCAGCUUAAAAGAAUAAAUCUUAUUGACUGCGCGAAUGUGCGGAUUCGUGAAUCGACCAGCAGCUGUGAACCGAUCGGACAGUGAGAACGUUGAGAAACUGUGAAAAUGCCGAAAUCCAGUUGGGAUGGAGAGAUCCCGAUCUAUUCCUGUGUUCAAUGGCAUCUAACGGGUGAUUCAAACCUCGUCCGACCACGUUUGAUAACCGAUAAGAAACAUUAAUGUACAAAGUCUGAGACAUGAUAGUUCUUCAACAAAGCAGGGGAGUCUUCGACUGCACAGUUACAAUUUGCGUUGAACAGGUGUCAAGAUCAGGUAUCAUCUUGAGGACAAACGGCACUUAGAAAUGUUCCUUAGAAAUGUCAGACGUAGCAACGCAGGCGGCACGUCGUCAACGGUGACAGCAUCGUCCGUCUCGAGGAGCAACGCAAGUAAUCGCGCUCAUUCCGCGACCAGGAGAGUGGUUGGUCAUCAGCAGCGACAACAGCCACAACAACAGCAACCCAGAACAACCCUGUCGACCUUCAACGCCGUCACCGUGAGGAAUUCGGAUGAUCACGGGCCCAGAAGCGGCGCAACGCAAGACGUCUGCGACAAUUCGAACGAUUCCGGUCUCGGCUUUGAAGAACGUCAACAGCACUUCAGCAACAACAACCCUUGGAACGGAGCCGGCGAGGAGGACUCAAAGAGGCGGAAGAUGGACAUUAAGCUGGAAUCCGAGGAUGCGAACUUCCCGUUUUCGGAAGUGGGCCACGGUGCUAGUCCUGACAACAAAUCCACGACAACCAGGACUGCUGUCAACGGGAUUGGCUUGGGAGGUAUUUCCGGCGGUAGGACUGGAAACGGGACCGGCAAUUCUGUGGGCAGAAUCGUAGGAGUAACGAGACCUCGACCUGCUAUGGGCGUGCUGGCCAAAAGGGCACCGGCUACUCAUCAGGGACCUAUUACUCUCACCUCUCAACUAUCAAAUGCUUCUGCCGACGGUAAAACCCAAUUGCAAAUUAUCUGCCAACCUGAACAACAGCACCGUGCCCGCUAUCAGACGGAAGGCUCGCGGGGGGCAGUGAAAGAUCGCACCGGGAAUGGCUUCCCGAUCGUCCGCUUGAUUGGCUACGACAAGCCGACGAGCUUGCAAGUGUUCAUCGGCACCGAUCUGGGUCGAGUGGCGCCUCAUAUGUUCUACCAAGCAUGCCGUGUCAGCGGGAAGAACUCCACACCCUGUAUAGAGCGCAAAAUCGACGGGACGAUCGUGAUUGAGGUUGAGAUGGAUCCAGCUAAGGAGAUGCUGGUGACCUGCGACUGCGUAGGCAUUCUAAAGGAGCGCAAUGUUGAUGUAGAGCACAGGUUCCCCCAAGAAGCCGGAGUACUUCAGGGUAGAAGCAAGAAGAAGUCAACGCGGUGCCGCAUGAUUUUCCGCACGACUAUCACGCAUGCUGACGGAACCACGGAGACUCUGCAAAUCUGCUCGCAACCGAUAGUCUGCACUCAACCACCGGGGAUCCCGGAGAUCUGCAAGAAAUCUCUGACGUCCUGCCCAUGCACAGGCGGGCUGGAGCUCUUUAUCCUGGGCAAGAACUUUCUUAAGGACACUAGGGUGGUUUUUCAACUGGAUAACGAUGACCUGUCGAGUAGUCUGGAACCACACUGGGAAUGUGCUGUGCUGCCAGACAAAGAAUUUUUGCAGCAAACACACUUGGUGUGCGUAGUGCCGGCUUACCGCAGACAGGAUCUAGCACCUACGGAGACAGUCAGCGUCAAACUAUACGCGGUGUCCUCCGGAAAAACCAGUGAACCGCAUAAUUUCCUUUACACGGCUGCUUCCACCCCACCAGAACCGUCCAUGGGCAAAGUCGAGUGCAUCUCGCCUCCGCUCACGAACGGAGACACCAACCUGACUACUUCUUCCGCCGCAGUGCCGCUUGCUACGGGUGUAGCAUCGAAUACUCUGAUAACGCAAGCAGCUGCAGGAUCGGCGAGUUUCCUAACGAGCCUUCAGACCCCACCGCAACAAACUACUUCGGAGACUCUGAAGAACGACCCCAGCCCACCGCCAGCAGCAGCGGCGUCCCAGGUGACACCUGUAAUGAUGUGGGCCACACAGUCCUCUAACUGCCAUCCAAACUCACCACCAGAAGUCAUGAUGCCACCUCCGGCACUCGUGGCGAACCCUCUAUUAAAUCGACGAUCCUCGACGAAUCUACAGCUGAUUCUGCCGGAUAACUUGAAGACAGAGGUGUUAGACGAGAAUAGCGAGAACAGCAUGUUGAGUGAAAACAGCAUGCAAAGCAUACCAACACCUACGGCUGCCACAAAUGGACCGACGUCGGUCGCCUCUCCUCUCCAACAGCUUGUCAACGAGAAUUCCAGAGAAGCCGCGCCUUCCCAAGCUGAUAUUAUCAGGACUGUUGCGGCAGCAGCCAACAACAGUCCCGUGCGAGAAGCAGUGAGUCUUCUUGGAGUGGUCGAUUUGAUACGCAAUCAACAUCCUUUGUCAAUGGUGUCUGCACAUCAUCCAACUCCAUUUGCAGGAAUACACGAGUCAGCUCAGGUUCAAGUUCUUAGUCCUCAUCGUCUCAAAGAAACAAACGACGUCUUGCCAACAGAGAACAAUUCCAACGCAACUGCUCUUUCGGGAGCUGGCGUGGUGGACCUUCGCAUGAAGCAUCAUCACCAUCAGCCGGACUUUGGUGCGUUGUCGAGUUUCACCAGCGCAUCCGCAACGCAGUCGUUGUCUGCGCCGAAUAGUCAUGUAGUGGAGAAGUACCUGAAUCACAUGGAAUCAUCAGUGACCACAAGUGAUGAGCCAGCUAGUCCAGAGAACGAGUUUGCCAUCCAGCAGCAGCGAGCUUCCAUCAUCUCAGGAAGCAGCCAACAGUCGGCGGCUCCUCCGGGAAUCCUGACUACUGCAGGACAAGCUUCAGUGAAACUGGAUGCCCUCGUGAACUCUACCGCAGAGCAGAUGGUUUCGCCUUUACGCUCAGUGAAUCCCAAUCCUACAGCAAUGUUGAGCCACGUAACGUCAGAACACGAAGCUAUCGGUGGCGGUCAGCAGACUAGAACUAGUCCACCAAUUCCGGUGAAGACGAUGCUACUAGAGGCGCUGCAACCAUUAGGAGCGGCCGCAGGUGCAACGUCGGUGCCUUCAUCUGCGACAACGGUGGAGCCAACGGGAGAGAGUCUUCUAACCACCAUUAAUGCGGCGCUAUUACCGUCGUUGCCUGAAGCGCAAGUCAAUACAGCAACCGCUACGUCGAGUUCUACGUCUGUUCCUUUCCAGGUUGCUGGCGACGCGAUCCCGGCAGUCACGGCGGAGCAUAUGCAGCAGCAGAUCCAGGCGCUCACGCAGCAAGAGGUGGUCGUGAUGCAGCAGCAAGUACAGCAAGUAGAACAAGUAGUGGCACAGGCACAACAACAGGUCGAGCAAGUCGUGGCGCAAGCACAGCAACAGGCAGUACAAGCAGUACAACAAGCCCAGCAACAAGUGGUACAGCAAGUGGUGCAACACGCUCAAGUGGUGCAGCAAGCAGUACAACAAGUGCAGGCCGUGCAGCAGGUUCAAGCGGUGCCAGCUGUACAGCAAGCGGUGCAGCAAGCGACCCAAGAGGUGGUACAACAGGCAGUGCAGCAAGCGACACAAGAAGUAGUACAACAGGUUCAAGCAGUGCAGCAAGCUGUGCAACAAGCACAGGCAGCUCAAGCCAUGCAACAGGCGGUUCAACAAGAUAUCGGUUCCAUGCUGAACCAGCCAGCAGGCUUUGUAGCUGAAGCAAGUUCUGCAUUAGCCAGCGGUGCUGCUCAAGAGCCUUCUCAGCAACGUCUGACCAACGCGGCGGAGCAAGCUAUCAAUAACGUUAUUACCAACGCCACGCAGGAUAUCAUUAAUAAUCGGCCGAUCAGUACUACCACCGCUCAUGCGAUCAUUGCCACGAAGAAAAUCCUCAACAGCGUGGCAACUCAGAGCGCGCAGCUGAUGAACAGCGCAAUGGAGGGUAUCCUGCCGAAAUCGCCCUCGGCGCAGAGCAAUAUCGUCGAGCAAGUCGCCAACAAAUCGCCGCCAGUCACGCUCCCGGUCACUCCGAAUCGUCAGGCUGUGAACGCUCCGAUUCCCAAUCCUGCCGCGAGUAGCGCGGCCAGUAGAAAGCCGGAAGACGGGAUGCUGCCCCAAGAACUUACCUCCAUGUCGGACCACGAUCUUCUAAGUUACAUCAAUCCCAGCUGUUUCGAUCCGCAAGGCGGAUUCCUCAUGUAGUACUGCCAUGUUCCUCGUGAGAGGCGGAGGGAUGAUUUUUUUUCUGUGAAUUUCUUCCCGAACGACGCGAAAGCCUAAGGUUCCGUCUUCGCAUCUUGAAUUUAGAAAUGACGAUUCUGAAUUUGGAAAACAAAUGGAGGAGCAACGUUGUGGCGUUACGUAAAGCUGCAUUAUGUUUGGAAUCAUAUGGCCACGUUUGAUUAAGAUACGAAGACUAAAGGACAUUUGAACAGUU